AUGCAGGGUUCGCGGAACCUUCUCUCGUCGUCGAGUGACGUCACAGUUGCGAUCAUUUGCCACGACUGGAAAGAUAGCGCCGGCAAAAGCGCCGUGGAUGGCGGAAACGAAUUAGAUGGCGUGGAUCGCGUAGACAGCUGGCGAGGCGCGUUCUCCGAGGAGGUGGUGACGGUGGUCCGAGAAGACCCGCGGGAAGCGAAACGGCAGAAAGGCAAUUGGGGAAAGUCGCGGGUGGGGGAAAUGCGAGGGGGGAAUGCGGCGGGAAAAGGCCGCACGGGCGGCAAAAGGGAGACAGGACUGGUUGUUGCAAUGGCGGGGAAGAGGAAAGGGAAGAAGCGGGAAGGUAAGAUGGCGAUUAAGGUUCACGGUUUGACAAAUGAAGAAGAGAGUGACAAUCGUGAGGAGGCUGGCGAGAAAGGCAAGGGGGAAUCGAAGCGGUACGAGUCGGUCAGGGGAAGGAAGGGGCAGCGUGAUGAACGGCGGGACGAGGGGAGGGAUAAGGGUCACGGUGAGAAGGAGAAGAGUGUGCGGCAGGAGAGCAACACGCGGGAGGAGAGCAACACGCGGCAGGAGAGCAACACGCGGGAGGAGAGCAACACGCGGCAGGAGAGCAACACGCGGGAGGAGAGCAGGAAGGAGGAGGGAGCGCGUGAGAAUGGGAGCGAUACGCGGCAGGAGGAGGUUGAGAGGAAGGCGGAGGCAGCUGAUGGCGCGUAUGAGGGGCAACUGAGCAGUAGAGGGGCACAGGCAGCCGAAGCAGGUGGAGAGGCGGGGGUUGUGGCACAGGCGGAUGCGACAGUUGAAACGAAUAGCACAGCGGAUGUCGCUAGGGAGAGAGAAGCAGGGGGAGAGUCAAACGCAACAGGGGAGGCGGGGACGGCGCCCGCAGGUGGAGUUAGCGCCGGUGCUGUGAUUGCUGUGGCCCAGGGCAACCUAGGCGCACGUCUCCAGGCGCUUUGCCUUGCGCCCGCCGUCAGCGCGGUGUGGAGCACACGCGCACUGGUGGAGGCAGGCGCUGGGAAUGCGGAAGCGGAUAAGUCGGGGGAGGUGACCGUUGUAUGGAGUGACUCAGCAAUUGCGGAUGCUGACGUGGACGGAAGUGCUGGUGAUUCCGCUGGCGGCAGUCCCAAGAAGCGACCCGCAGGGGAGGGGUUCUUGGAUUUAUUCAGUGAGUUUCCCGGUGUAGAUGCAUUACGGUUAGACGAUAAGGAUAAAGCUGCUUGGCCGAGUGUGACUGUAACAGGAGCAGCCUCUGCUGAUUCUCUUUUAGAGUCACGGACAUUGCUGCAAGUCUCCCUGCCGGCUUGUGUAGAAGUGGUGUCUGAAUCGGCCAAUGAGAGCGCGAAAGUUGGCAGCAGCAACAGUAGCAGUGCGGAGGUGCCUGAAUUGACUUUGUCACUGUGGGUCCCUACAGAACUAAGCCACGUGGCAAGCAAGGAUUGGGCCCCUCCCGAGGCAUGUUCCGCCCUCCGCCUCUUCCAGUCGUGCCUGGGCGCUCUCCAGCCCUCGCCACGUGUCAGCAUAUUACUGGAGGAGGGGGCGCUGGGGGAAACGGGAGCAGUUGCUGUGAGGUCUGAGGGGGGAGGGGGGGUAAAGGGGGGAUUUGGGGAGAGACUAGCACGUAGCACGGCAGUGUAUCUGGAAGCCAAUCAGGUGAUGCCAGGUGGCACGUGCGGAGGGUGCCCCGAGGACCCUCUACUCAACUGCACGCUUCGCACGCUGACGUGGCGCUACCUGCGCGUGCCGUCCAACUCGUCUGACGUGGACUUCACUGUAGCAGCUGCCUCUGCUACAGACGCUGCUACAGUCGCAGGCACCUUCCAUCCCAUGCGCGCCCCGCUCCUCCUCCCCCACUCUGCCCUCAGAACGGCCACUCCUCCCUCUUCCUCCCCCCCACCUCCCUCCCCCUCCUCCCCCUCCUCCUCCUCCUCCUCCUCCUCCUCCUCCUCCUCCUCCUCCUCCUCCUCCUCCUCCUCCUCCUCCUCCUCCUCCUCCGCUUUUCCGUCGACGCGACGGCUGUUGGUGCUGGAGGGAGGGGAGAAGGAGCAAGGGAAGCAGGAGGAGAAGGAAGCUGGUUCACCACGGUGGGGCGACAGUGGGGCGAGUGGGGCGGAAGGGCAGGAAUGGAGCUGUGGCCAGCUGGAGGCAUGGGAGGUGGAGGUUGCAUGUAGGCAUGGGAGGUGGAGGUUGCAUGUAGGCAUGCAUUCCUGCGUUCCUCUUGUCUCCUCCUGGCAUCCCACCAUCCGCUUUCUCUCUCUGUCGUCUCCAUCCGCCUUCUCCCACCAUCUCUCCGCCUUCUCCCACCAUCUCUCCGCCUUCUCCCACCAUCUCUCCGCCUUCUCCCACCAUCUCUCCGCCUUCUCCCACCAUCUCUCCGCCUUCUCCCACCAUCUCUCCGCCUUCUCCCACCAUCUCUCCGCCUUCUCCCACCAUCUCUCCGCCUUCUCCCACCAUCUCUCCGCCUUCUCCCACCAUCUCUCCGCCUUCUCCCACCAUCUCUCCGCCUUCUCCCACCAUCUCUCCGCCUUCUCCCACCAUCUCUCCGCCUUCUCCCACCAUCUCUCCGCCUUCUCCCACCAUCUCUCCGCCUUCUCCCACCAUCUCUCCGCCUUCUCCCACCAUCUCUCCGCCUUCUCCCACCAUCUCUCCGCCUUCUCCCACCAUCUCUCCGCCUUCUCCCACCAUCUCUCCGCCUUCUCCCACCAUCUCUCCACCUUCUCUCUCCGCUUUCUCUCUCUGCCUUCUCCAUCCGUCCUGGCGGAGCUGCUGCUGCUGUCGUGGGCUCGAGGGCUCAUCCACUCGCGGCCCUCUAUAGAGGCACUCUUCAUUGCCGCCCAGGCCAGUGGAAGACAGCACCGGGCGAGUCAGUGCAGCAGUGUGGGGGGAGAUGUAGGAGCCUCUGCAGGGACAGCUGCAGUCCGCCUGGCGUCUGCGGGGGGAGAUAUAGGAGCCUCUGCAGAGGCAGGUGCAACCCUUGUGGCUGCAGUCCCCCCGGCAGCUGCGUUUGAGGUGGAGAAGAGUGUAUGCUCUGCCCCCGGUGCGGCUCGGUUUGUCAACCAGAAGUUCCUGCAGCAGAUGCUCGUGGAUGAGGAGCUCAAGACAGUGUACUGCUCGGUGCCAAAGGUGGCCUGCACGAGCUGGAAGGUGUGGUUCCGCGAGCAGCUGUCCAAGCGACUCGGCGGCAACAAGUCGCCCAGCGUGCAGCGGUUCGCACGCACGUCCGUGCACAGCCCACUGCAGAGCGGGCUGAGCAUCAUGGGGUACGGGUUCGAGGAGCACGAGAACAUUCGGUUCCUCACGCGCCCGGACUUCUUCAAGUUCUCGUUUGUGCGCAACCCGUUCACGAGAAUUGCGUCGGCGUAUCUGAACAAGCAUGUGAAUGGGGUAGGCUUGCACGGCCGCCAGUAUUGGAACGAGGUGAGACGGUUGCAAAAAAAGCUGUUGCUUUCGGUUGCUUGCUCUCAUCCAUGUCCCCACCCUACCUCCUCCCCUCCCCCACUUCUUCAUCUUCCCUUUCUCUCUAUUCCCACUCUCUUCCCCACUGUUUCUGUCAACUCCGCUCUGCAUUCCGCUCAACCCCCCAAUUCCCCUCCUCUGCGCCUCUCUCCCUCUCUGCAGCGCUUCUUUAUGGGAAUUCAAGCGUACAACACAUUGAUGAAGAGCCAGAACGGCAGCGACUUCAUCCCCUUCUCCACCUUCAUGUCAUUCCUUCAGCAACGAGCCACACGCUGCGUCGAGUGCAUGGACCCCCAUGUUCGCCCCCAGAUUGACCUGUGCAAGUUGAAUGCGAUCCGAUAUGAUUUUAUUGGGCGGUUUGAGAAUCUAGAGGAGGAUGUGGCGAAGGUGAUGCGGCAGUUUGGAAAGGAGGAGAAGAAUCCCUUCCAUGAUGCCCAUUGGGCCCACCCUACUAAUGCUUCAGCCAGGCUUCUCGAGCUGUAUGACCAGGACCCCUCUAACGGGUACAACGAUUGGGCUGCAGCUGCUAUGCAGGCGUAUUACAAGUCCGGAGGGCAAGCGGCGCAUGCAGGAGGUUACUACGGCGCACCAAUGGGAGGGCAUCCCCAUCCGUACAUGUGGGGACCACAGCCAAUGAUGGCAGCGCACUACGGUGGUGUACCACCAGGGCCCUACGGCUAUGCAGCUAUGUAUGCUGCACCUCACCCUGGCAUGGCCCAAGGCGUUGCAGGGGCAGUGGCCCCAUCCCCUUACGGUUACCCACCUCCUCAAUCGGCGGACGGCUCUGAGGUGCCAGCAGCAGCAGCGAUGAUGGGAAUGACCCCGAUGGGCCCCAUGGCCAUGCCAGCAGCACAGGGCUACCCCGGGAUGCCCAUGGACUACUCCCAUGAUGCCAUGGCUGCUGCUGCCGCUGCCGCCGCCGCCGCCAGUGCUGCCGGCGGGGCUCCUGCUGCUGGGUCGGCCCCACCAGCAGCUGCCGCGGCGCCUGCUGCGCCUGCCGCCCAAGCUGCCCCUUCGAAGCGCAAACGGUCGUCUCAGCAGUCACAUGGUCAAGAUGGCGCUCUUGCUACCACUGGAGGGACGAGCCUCGCCCAUCCGCACGCCCAGGCGGCUCCAGGCUCGGGCCAAGCCUUAGCCCUAGCGUCAGGCUCGGCGGGAGAGUACACGUCCAUGCCUUCAAGCCCGUCUGAAGGCCCGUCUGCUUCGGCAGCAGCAGCUGCUGCUGCUGCUGCGGGUGCUGGUGGGGGCGGUCAUGCUGCUGGUGGGGGAGCAAGAGGGAGCGUGGGUGGCGGAAUGGCGUAUAACCCCAUGGGUGCGUCUGCUGCGGAUAUGUGGACUGGCGCUGCUGCUCCUGCUGCUGUGGUGCCGCCGCCCUCCCUGGGGCAGGGCGUUGGGGGGAAGCUGGGGGCACGAGCGGUAGGGGCACGGGCAGGAGGGGAUGGGGGCGACGUGGGGGGGAGUCUGAUGUACCAGGUGCCGUUUCGCGGGGACGAGAGGGAGGUGAAGAGGCAGAGGCGGAAGCAGAGCAACAGGGAGAGUGCGAGGCGGUCGCGGCUGAGGAAGCAGGCAGAGUGUGACGAGCUCAUAGCGCGGCAGACCGCUGUGCAGAUGGAAAACAUGGGGCUAGCCGCGGAGCUAGCAAAGGUGCGGGAGCAGUACGCCUCCCUGUGUGCUCAGAACGCCCAGCUCCGAACCAUGCUUCAAGAAUCGGGCAUAGACCCAUCAGCAGAAGGAGCGGCCUUCCCACCAGCAUCGUACAACCCAAUGCACAAGUAUCAGCUAACCUCCGUACCACCCAGUACCGCUCAUGCACCACCACCACCGCACGAGCCUUCAACUGCCCCUCCCCCUGCUCUUCCUCCCCCCUCUUCAUCAGCACUUGAACCCCUACAACCCGCCUCUCCUGCCCUUCUCCCUGCUCCUCCCUCUGCGCCUCAUUCUGUACCCGAGCCUGAAUUUGUAGGUCCCGUGCCAGGUUUGGCAGAGGAGCAGCAGCUGGUGUUGCCAGGGGGGGAGGAACCAGGGUUGGGAGGCGGGAUGGGGGGGGAAGGUGGAAUAGUAGUGCUGGGGGUCCAAGGGGGGAGUGAGGGGUUAGAAUCUGGUCAUGGCGAUAAGCUACAAGCAAGGGUGGAGAGAGAGCAGGGAGGGGAAGUACCUCAUACGGUGGAGGGCGCUGAGGCAGGGGCAGGCGCAGAGGCAAUGGCUGGGAUGGUGGAGGUGCAAGAAGGGGUGGCACAGGUAGGGGACGAGAUGAACGUGCAGGUGACGCAACAGGCGGAGCAGGAGGAGCAUGGAGUGGCGUUUGAUCAGGGGAAAGAGGAGGAAACUGCAGCAUGGGAGGAUCGGAAAGAGGAGGAGGCGAAGGAGCAGCAGCAGCAGCAGCAGCAGCAGCAGCAGCAGCAGCAGGAACAGCCAGAAAUGGGGCAGCAGUCUGAGCAGCAUGAGCAGCAGCUAGAGCAGCAUAAGGAAGAAGAGGUGGUUGGUGCUGGAGGGGAGGAGAUAAGAGAGGUGGACGGGGGGAAGGAUGGAGCAGCAGAGGAGGGUGGAAGGCAUGAGGGUGCCCCAUUGGUGGGCGGGGAGGAGCAGCAGCCUGUUGGAGACAACAAUGAGAGCGGCCAAGGGGUGGCUGAGACAACUGAGACUGCACAGGGGCAGGAUGGUGGAGGGAUGGCGGAGGCGCAGCAAGAGAAGCCUGAAAUUGAAGCCAAGGAACCAGACGGAUUGGCAGUUGCAGAUGAGGGUGGGGCAGGGAACGAGCAUGAGCAUCACCUGAGUGAUGGGACGGAUCAUGGGGUCUCUGAGCCGCCUCAGCCAGUGGAGGAAGGGACAAAAGAGCAAGGAGAGGGUCUGAAGGCUGCAGCGGGUUAUGCUGUUGGUGCGGGAGUAGGUGCAGAGCCUCCCCUAGAAGCAGCAGCUGCAGCGGCGGCGGCAGCAGAGGGGGAGGAAACAGAGAUGGUAGAUGCUAGUGCAGCUGAAGGAUCAGCAGGUGAAAAGGAGAAGCAAAGGAGGGGUGAGACUGAUUUAGUAGGUAGAGACAGAGAAGGCUCCAAGGUUGGUGAAGAAAGCACGGAGGUUGGUGUAGGUGCAGCAGGAACGGAGGAGCAAGAGGGAAUCAAGGAUGGUUCAGUUGCAGGCACAGCUGUGAUGGUACCAACGAGUAUUGGUGAAGCCAUAGCUGGGGAUGUACCUGCUGAGGCCUGUAAAGGUGCUGAGGCUGCGCCAGUGGCUGAUGAACAUGCAACACCAGUGGAGGGUGCUGCAGGGGAGGGCGUUACUGGAGAGGGUACCACUAAGGCGGGUGUUGCUGUGGAGAGUGGUGCAGGGGAGGGUGCUGUAGAAGCAACGGAGGGGAAAGAGGUGGCAGGGCCAGAGGCCGCAGGUGGGAGUAAGGGUGAAGCUGAGGAGACCUCUGCUGCCGCCUGCCCUUGUCGGCACCGCCUCUUAAACCGAGUGCUAGCGCUUCCUGUCAACAUGGACUCCCCAAUGAAGCUGGCGAUUGUGGAGAAGGUGGUCGGCCGCACGGGGUCCCGCGGUCAAGUCACGCAAGUGCGCGUGAAGUUCAUCGAUGAGGAUCGCUACAUCAUGAGGAACGUCAAGGGCCCCGUGCGCGUAGGAGACGUCCUCACCCUCAUGGAAUCCGAGCGUGAGGCCCGGCGGCUGCGUUAA